GCAGACUACGUCAGUACUCAGUCACUGUACUCAGCGGUUAGUUAGUGAGCGAGUGCCGUCCGACGUAUUGGUUGUGUGUGUUGCGUGCUGUACGUGCAUCGCCGCCUUCCAAAAACGUAUCGUUUUCGCGUGUGCGUAAUAUACUCGACUUUAUCGAUAUACGCGCGUAUUAAUAUUAUCACUGCCACCGCGUAUAACCUUUUUUUACGAUAUUAAUGCAAUCCAGAAUAUUUAUUUAUUUUUCGCACAUAGAAUAGUAAAUAUUUUAUAACUGUUCAUUAUUUUCAUUAUUUUUGCAAAUACAUACAUCCGUAUUAUUACCGUGUAUUAUAGAGCACACGCUUGCGACUUGUAGGUAGUAACAUUUUACAGCACGUCGUCGUUUCGGCAGGCGGAAUUUAAUGUAAUAAUAAGCGCGCUCGUCGCCGUUUUGCGUCGUCCCGUCGUAACCUUUCGUCGUCAUUCGCACGUCCCGAACGGAUCAGCCGCAGUGCCAUAAUAAUAUUAUUAUUAUGCAGUUGGCGCCUCCACGCGCACGAUAACGCUGACAGAUAACGGUGGAAAACCGUCUGGUAUAAUAUAGUGUCGCCCGCUCGUAGGGUAGCGAUAUACGUGACGGUGCAGUAAAUAGUAGUAAUAGUAUUACAGUAAUAUAAUAACAACCUACGGCGAUCAUCGCCUCCGCUGGACGACGCGGGAAAACGACGGUACGCUUGGGGAUCGACAGACGAUGACCACCGCUGCUGACAACACCGACGAAGACGAUCGCCGACUGGCGCACCACCACCGGCAGUGACUUGUCUCCUUGACUGUAUACCACCAGCACAUAUAGCGAUAUCGCUUACGACAGACCGUGUACAUCGCUGUCAUCGUCGUUAUCAGUAAAACCGCACGCGGUUCAGAUGUCGGCUGGCGCCACCGGUUCAUAGGCGAUGUCACACGACACGUGAUCGACAGUCGCAAUCGACAGUCAUUGUCAACGACGGCAUAAUAAAUGUCGUCGCCAAUAUCGUCUUCGUCGCCGUCGCCGUCGCCGUACUACCAUCACCAGCAGCAGCAGCAGCAACAGCAGCAGCAGCAACAGCAACAGCAGCAGCAACAGCAACAACAGCAAUACAACAACCACCAUCAGCAGCAGCUCCAACACCACCUGCAGCAACAACACCUGCACGCAGGGGGCUCGUCGGCAGCCGCAAACGCGGCCGUCAACAGCAUUUUGCUGUCGCCGUCGGCAGGUGCCGGCGUGACGGCCGUCGGACUGUCGCCAUCGCAAGGCGCCGCUGGUGGUGUCGUUGGAGACAUGCAACAGCAGCAGCAGGCCUCGACGGUAGCGAGUGCGGUAGCGGCCACGACCACGUCGCUCUUACAGCAGUGCUGUUCACCGCCGCCAUCUUCGGGCUCGUCGUCUAGCGUUAGCGGAGUAUUGAGAAAAGCUCAAAUCGAGAUUAUACCGUGCAAGGUGUGCGGUGACAAGUCGAGCGGCGUACACUACGGCGUGAUCACGUGCGAGGGCUGCAAAGGAUUCUUCCGGCGGUCUCAGUCGUCUGUGGUCAACUAUCAGUGCCCGCGCAAUAAGAAUUGUGUGGUGGACCGUGUAAACAGAAACCGGUGCCAGUACUGCCGGCUCCAGAAAUGCCUGCGGCUGGGCAUGUCCCGUGACGCGGUCAAGUUUGGGCGCAUGAGCAAGAAACAGCGAGAAAAGGUCGAAGACGAAGUACGCUUUCACAGAGCGCAGAUGCGUUCGACAGCAGCUGCUGCGGCCGCGGCGGCUGCUGCAGCGGUAGCCGCGCAGGCUUCAGCCAUCGACUGCUGUUCGACUACAACCGGCGUUGGCAGCGGUGGUGGUACCGCGGCCGUGGCUGCUGACUCGUCAGUGUUCGAUCACGAUCAACACGGGCAGCAGCACGGGCACGGGCAACAGCAACAGCAGCAGAUGCCCUCCAGCACCGCCGACCAUGGGCUUCGCUUACACCAACUACACAGUGGGGGAGGACAUCUCUCGCAACACCACCAUCAGCAGCAGCAGCAACAGCAGCAGCAACAACAGCAACAGCAGCAGCUACAGCAACAGCAACAACAGCAUCAGCAACACCAGCUCCACGGCCAGCAGCAACAAUUCAACAUAAAUAGCAAUGUGCAGCAGGCUUAUGCCGCGGCCGCAGCAGCAGCCGCCGCAGCAGCGGCUGCCGCGGCCGGCGGUGGCGUCAAUGGAGCCAAUGGUGGCACAGGAGUUGGAUAUGGAGGUGGCGGGUACAACAGCAGCGGAGGAACGAACGCGGCCGCAGCAGCCGCGUCGCUUGUGGUGGACACGUUCGCGGCGUACGCAGCAGCGGCCACCUCAUCGGCCGUGCAGGCCGGGGCUAGCGGUUCCGUGCCGCCCCCAUACGACACGGCAGCAACGAGCAGCAACUACGUGGCUGACAGCACAACACCGGCAGCGUCCAGCACGACUUCGUCGACAGCCGCGGCCACGUCCACGUACGGCGGCGACAUGGAAGUGUCGUCAGUAGCGGCAGUCGCUACCGGACCACAGGACAACUUGAUGGCCGGCGUUUCCGGGUCUACUGCCGCUGUUUCAUCGGCAGACGCUGUCCAGAUAAGUGAGCUGCUGAGCAAGACCAUCGCAGACGCUCACGCCCGCACGUGUUUCUACACGCUCGACCAGAUACACGACGGCAUGUACCGAACAGCCACCAUGGCGGCGGCUAACAAGGCGACUGCCGAUAAAUUGAUAAUGUACAAGACCAUGCCCCACGAGGAGCUGUGGUUGGAGUGCGCUCAAAAGUUGACGUCCGUCAUUCAGCAGAUUAUUGAGUUUGCUAAGAUGGUGCCCGGCUUCAUGAAACUAUCGCAAGACGACCAGAUCGUGCUACUCAAAGCGGGAAGUUUUGAGUUGGCAGUGUUAAGGAUGUCCCGACAUUACGAUCUACACCGAGAUUGCGUCUACUACGCAGAUGCCCUGCUACCAGCCGACGCGUUUUACACGCAAGACACGGUCGAAAAGAAACUGGUCUCGUUGGCUUUCGAAGUGAGCCGUUCCGUGGCUUCGUUGAAACUUACAGAAACCGAGCUGGCCCUAUACUCGGCCGUCGUGUUGCUGUCUCCAGACCGGCAAGGCUUGAAAGGCACCGUGGAGAUCGGUCGCCUCAGACAGGCUAUUCUGCGUGCUCUGCGCAUGGAGCUCGACCAUAGGACUGCGGGUGGCAAAAAUGCCACCACCGUCGAUCUGCAACACCAGCAGCAGCAUCAUCAACAGCAGCAACAGCAGCAAAAUCAAGUGUGUGAUGCUCUUAUACAAAAGAUCCCGAUACUAAGACAACUGGGAAUGCUGCACAUGGAAGCGUUGGCUAAGUUGCGUCGUACGGUACCACACUUGGAGUUCCCGGCUUUGCACAAGGAACUGUUCUCGGUCGACGGCAGUUGAUCUGAGGAGGAAGGCUGCGACGACGACGACGACGACGACGACGAUGACGACGGCGGCGGCGACGGUGGUGGCGGAGGCGGUGGUAGCGGCGGCGGUGACGACUCGGCGAAGGAUUCGUCUACGAUCGUCAUCGCGUCGGUGAUCUCUUUAGCUGGCGGAUUAGACGAAGAGCUGCAGUAGCAGCAUUAUUGCAGCAGCAAUGAGCAAAGUCGUCGCAGACGGGCUGUGUAAAAUAUUAUAUUAUAUUAUUAGUACAUUAUAUUUUAAUAUAAAAAAAAAACUUAAAACUAAAAAAAUGUUUUUUUUUUUAAAUUGCAAAAUCUCGCGAGAUCACACACCGCCGUCGCAUAUUUAAUAUAUUCUAUAUUCUAUUAUAUAUUAUGUAUAGUAUUGUUUUGUUACAAGGUAGUGUCUCAUAUUAUAUAUCGCGUGUUUACGAAAUAGAAUAUUGAUAUUAUUAUUAUUAUUAUUAUUAUUAUUAUUAUUAUUACUAUUAUUACUGUUGUUGUUAUAUAGUAUUUUUUUAUAUAUAUAAACGGGACAUAAAUCCCCUACAAGUUCGUAAUGAAUAGGUAUAAUAAUUAUGUACAACUAUCUGUGUGAAAAUUGUCCCGGUCUCAAAUGUAUAAGAACGUCGCUUGUAAAAACGAUUUCCAUUGCGGGAGGAGAUCGUGUGCGUGUGUGUGUGUGUUUGUUGAAGACUAGAGCUUAAUAUUCUCGUUGUAGUCGUCUUGCGUUUGUGUUCGUUGUAUGUAUACGUGUGUGUGUGUGUGUGUGUGUAAUGAGUGAGUGGACGAAAGAUUUCGUUGUUGUUGUCUCUGUUAAUCUUCGGAUCGAGCGUUGUUUAUUUAGGUAGGUACUUUAAUCGUGGUCGACGACGAUCGUACACGUUCUGCACACGUCGCGUUCACACGUAAUAAUAUAAUAUAAUAUAAAUCGAUAAAGUGAAGUAUACAUAAUAAUGAUAUCAUAUUACGGCUCGUAAUUGUAACGUCGUCCAUCGCCAUGUAUCGCGGCGAGCAUUGCUUUUUGUACUAUUUAUUGUUUUUUUCCGGGAAAAGAAAAAAAUUAAUAUAAUUAUUUCAUUUUCGAUCAGCGUCCACCACGCGUGCUGCACUUUUUUGUCGUCGUCGUCGUAUUUGUAAAUAAUGAUACUAGAAUUUAGUGCGUGUUCUAUGUACUUUGCUAUAUAAACACAUAUAUUGUAUAAUAUUAUUAUGAUUAGAAUACGUAUAUUAUUAAUUAUAAUAUUAUAUUGCUAAUCAUGGUGUUAAAGAAAUGGAGGGGGGGGAGGGAUAGUGCUGGCGGCCGAGGAGGAUUUAUCCAUCAUUAUUGUUUAUAUUUUUUUCUAUCGGAAACUUGUAUACUUUAUCGAUGUAUAAUUUGUACGAAAAACUGAGAAAAUUGAAUCUAAUUAAUAGAAACUUACUUUACACACUCGUCACAUAUUAUUAUUGUAUUGUACAGAUACACACACACAUACACACACACACACACACACACACACACAUACACACACACACACACUCACACUUGUAUAGCUGUCGCUAUCGUACCCUCGUACCUAUAUAUCAUAAUAAUAAUAUGAUAUCGAAUAAAUUCCGCGCGCGAUAUAAUAAAUAUUAUUGUAUCAUAUUUUUUACACGUCAUUUAGGUACGAUAUUUUAUAGAUAUUAUACUGUCUAUUAUUAAGUGUAUAAUAUUAUAACUUUGUGUAGAUAGAUAAAUAUAUGUAACAUUUAGAUAGGUUUAAUGU